AUGACGCGUGUGUACUACCGCGAGGCCGUGGGGGCGCUGGUGGUCUUCGACAUGACCCGACUCUCCACGUUUCAGGCUGUGCUCAAGUGGAAGGGAGACCUGGACUCGAAGGUGGCGCUCAGUAACGGUCGCCCGGUGCCUGCGGUUCUUUUGGCGAAUAAGUGCGACCAGCGCCGUCACGGUCUCUGUCCCAAAGUCCCCAAACUGGAGAGUUUCUCUCAACAGUACGGCUUCCUGGACUGCUUUGAGACCUCGGCCAAGGACGACACCAACAUCGACGUGGCUGUGUCGUGUUUGGUGAAGCACGUCCUGUCGGCGCAGGAGGCCUGUGCUUCCUCUCCGCCGCCACCAGAGGGCGGCGUCCUGGUGCUGCCACAGUUCGACUACCGCCUCAGAGAGAAGAGGGGAUGCUCCGGGUGCUCCGGGCUGAGACCCCCCCAUGUGGACUGA